AUGGCAAUGAAUUCACUCGCAGUGUCUUUUGUGCUCAUCUGGAUCAACUCGAUACUCCUGCCGAAAGAUGACAUCGAUUACUCGGCCAUUCCAGUCCACGUUCGUGGCGACUACCCUGUGUCUCACAAGCACCUGCUCUCGACAAUACGCAACUGCCAUGUUGCACCGUUUACACUUUCUCGCGGUGAGGAACAACACAGAGCUGCGGUACGGUCGCUCCCCAGUCUGUACUUUCUCGAACCACACCAUCCUACGAGUCUUCAUCACCACCAAUACAAGCUUCAAUUACAACAGGACUCCAUCCAACAAGACUUGCUUCACAGACAAUAA